GGCACGCGGGACGCUCAUUCAAAACACGGAUGUUCACGGCAGGCAAAUAAACAAGAUUAAAACACAAAUAUUCGGAGUUUUGCUUACUGCUUCGACCGCAUUAUGUCAAUGGAUAUGGUGAAGUAAUCCCUGUCUUGAAAACUGAUGGCUGAAUAUGGAGUCAGAACUUUUGGUUGGCUGGCAGGAGGAGCGGGCGGAGCUGAGAGCAGAGCUUUCCCAUCUGCAGGAUGAGUUGGCUGAGAGCAGAGCAGAGAGAGAGGAACUUGAGUCCCGUGCUCAGGCUUUGACUGACAGGCUGUCUCAGACGUUGGACCCGUCUCUAUCGUUCUCUUUGCGUCUGGAUGAUGAACAGCGAGAAUGGCGGAAAAAGCUUCGAGAGGGCAGAGAGAGAGAAGCCAGACAGGCCCUGCUCAUCCAUAAACUUCAGAACAAGGUGGUGGAAUACAGGGCUCGCUGUCAGGCACUGGAGCAGCAGGUGAUCAGCGAGGAUAGAGAGCUGAGGGCGAGAGAAAGAUUGUUGCGGUAUGAACGCAGUGACACCCUGGAAAGCACCCUCAUCAGACUGGAGGAGGAACAGCAGAGAUGUAUGGGGCUCUCCGAGGUCAAUGUUCUUCUGCGAAGUCAGCUCAGCCAAUCAACCGAGGCGAAUGAUGCCCUGAGAGACGACUUGCGAAAGCUAACAGCUGACUGGUCCAAAGCAGUGGAGGAGGUGAUGCAAAAAGAUAUCGAGUGGCAAAAAAAGAAGGAGUCUCUGACAGGUCACAUAGGAAAAGAGCAGACCAGGCUGAUGACUCUCUGGGGACGUGUGGUCACACUCAAACGCCAGUGUCACUCUCUGAAGACUUCUACUGACAAGGAUCUGUGGGAGCUGAGAGCUGAAGUUUCUCGUGUCUCGUCUUCUCUCCUCUCUGUGUGGACUUCUGCUCAGUCGGCCCUCACCCUGCCCCUCGACUCCACUGCAGCACAUCCACUCUCCUCCACACAGGGACCGCUCUCGCUAGAUGAUCUGGAACAUGAUCGGUCAAAUGAAUUAAAAGUAGACCUCCAGUCAGAGACCCUAGAACUCAGAAACAGAAUCACAGAGCUAAAUAUGACCAUAAAAGCUCUUGAAUCUGAAAGAAAGAAGCAAGAGGCAGAAAUGGAGAGAAGACACAAACAGGAAAUGGAGAGAAAGCGAGAGCAAGAGAGGAAGUGGGAGAAACAAAUAGAAUUGGAGAGAAAUUUUGAAUCUGUCAGGCAUGCUGUCAGGACACUGUGGAGGGUUGUGAACUCUCAGCAGAAGAGCGGGCAGUCCAACUCUCCGUCUGUAGAUGAUGUGUCCACUGAAGGACUAUCUAGUGUCCUCUCGAUCAUCGCUCAAGCUGAGACUGCCCUACAGUGGAGACAACAGGAAGUGCAGGAUGCUCAGAUAAGCAUGCGAAGACUGGGAGCAGAGAAAGAAACUCUGGAACAAAAAAUGGCACAGUUGGAGAGGGAGAGGGAGGAGCUUCAGGAACAGACCAAUCAGGGAGCACUGGAGAUUAAACACACUCAGGAACUACUAAACAGUGAGAGGGAGAUGGUGACCAUUUUACGCAGUCAGGUGGAGGAGGCUGAGAGACUCAUGGAAGGACUGAGGAAAGAAAACGAACAUAUGAGACGACAGAGAGAGAGAGAAGAGGAAGAGAAAAUCCUAAUGGAGAGAGAGAGACAGAAACGAGUGGAGGCAGAGAUGCUGGAGGUCACUCAGCUGAGCGAGAGAGAGACACGCAGUCGUUUGGAGUUGCACAGCCUGCAGGGGGCACUAGAGAGAGAGAAGUUGGACAGAGAACGAGCCGAGCAGGAGGCGGCCGAGACAAAAGAUUCUUUACUAAAGGCCCGAGAGUCAUUAUUGGGCCUGUCCUCCAGUCAAGCCCAGCUGAAGAGAGAGCUGGCAGAAGGUCGAGAUGCCCUGGAGAGAAUGGCCCCUUUAAAUGAAGCCCUUGCCAAGGACAAGAGAGAACUCAGUGUUCGUGCUCUGCAGCUAGAGACGGAGGUGGCAGAAGCCCAAGCCCAGAUCCAGGCAUUUGGCUCUGAGAUGGCGAGUUUGCACAGGGAACUGAAGACAGCAUCUCUGGAGGCCAAUGAUUUAAGGGAAUGGAGAGAGACGGAGCAGAAAACCCUACAGCAGCUCAGAGGCCGAGAGCGAGAGCUGGAGAAUAAGCUGGACACUGAGAAAGAGGAGAGAGUGAGGGAAGUGACCGCUCUCAUGGAAGAGAAGGCCAACAAUGAACAAAGAAUUGCAGAGGUGUCAGAGCAGAACAACACUGUGAUGAAAGCGCUACAGGGCAUCCAGGCAGAACUGCUCAAAUCGACAGAGCAGCAGAGAAGAGCCGAGCGAGAAAGAGAUGACCUGCUGAGAGAGAGCCAGAGACUGGAGGACACAAUAUGUUCACUUGAGAGAGAGAAGGAGGAACUCACACGAGUCAAAGAGGAACUCGGAGGUGUGGUGGUUUGUCUCCAGGAGAACAUGGCUCAGGUUCAGGAAAAAGCCUCAGGUCUGGAGAUACAGUGCAGUCAGCUUCAAACACAGGUGGACACGCUUACACAGACCAAAGAUGUCUUGCAAGGAGAGAUUCAGUGUCUACAAACAGACCUGCAGAGAGAGACGGCACAGAGAGAACGAGAAAAACAAGGAGCAGUGGAGGAGAAAAGUAGUAGUGAAAGAGAGAUAGAAAACUGGCGGUCAGCAUUCACAAAGCUUCAGUGUGACAUCGAGCAAACCUUAGAGAAGAACAAGCUACAGGAGGAGGAGAACAAAACAGAGCGAGAAAAUUGGCAAAGAGAGAGAGAAGCUCUGAACACUGAACUUGGACAGAAAGAUGGAGAAGUGGAGAUAUUAAGGAAUCGGGUAGAUGGAUUAUUAAAAGAAAAGGAAGAGCUUUUAGACCUCUUGAACGAGAGAAAUGCAGAACUAGAGAAAUUACAAACAAAAUUGGCAGCCGAGAUGAAAACAGCCGAACGAAGAUUGAAAGUCACGUAUGAUGAAAUCGAGAGGUGGAAGCAGAAAGAAAAUGAGAUUCAGAGAGAAAAAAAGGAGCUGAAUCAUAGGUUUAUAGAAAGAGUGGAAAUGGAAAGCCAGAACCUUAAGAUUACAGAGAGAGAGAGGGCUAAUAUGUCUGAUCUAUUGAAGAAGAAAGAGGAUGACAUACGAAAGAAAGAGGAAGCCAUUGAAGAGCUGAAAUUAAAAGUCCAAUCACAUGAGAGAGUCAUUGACAGUCUGGAAAUUGAGUUAAAAGAGAAACAGACAUUUGAGAGACGAGUAGUAGCCCUGGAGGAGCAUAACGUUCAACUGAGACAGAGAGAAAUAGAGAAAACCAAAGAGAAUGAAAGCAGACAAAAGACAAGAGAUGAAUUAGAAACAAGGUUGAGAGGACAGCUGGAGCAGAAAGAUGGAGAAUUGAUGGAACUCAAAAGCAGAUUUGAGGAACUGAUGAGAGAGAAAGAACAUAUGUCAUUUCUCAUGAAAGAACGAGAACAAGACAUUGAAAAAUUACAGACCACAUUGUUCACAGAAAAGAAAACGUAUGAACUAAGACUGAAAGAGGCGAAGGACAACACAGAUUGGUGGAAGAGACAAGCUGGCGAUACUGGGAAAGAGAAGAAACAAGUAAAGGUGGUCUCGGAAAGAGAGAAAGCUGAACUGACAGAACGUCUUCGAGAAAGAGAGGAAGAGUUACAGAAGAUAGAGGAUGACAUUGAAGAUCUCAAAGGUAGAAUUCAGUCAUUAGAAGAGAUCAUAAAGAAACUAAAGUCUGAUGCUGCGAUGAAGGAAAUUCAACUAAAACUCUUACACGAGCAAAACUCACAGAUACAAGAACAUGAGAUAGAGAAACAGAGAGAGAUGGAGAGGAAGCUAACAGAGCUGAAGGAACAGGAGAAACAACUGAGACGAGAAUUAGAAGAUCUCAAGACCAAAAUGGAGGGAGUUGUUCGAGAAAAAGAGAGAAUGCUAGAAAGGGAAAAAAAGACAGAAGAAGAGUUCCAAACCAAAAUAACAAAAGAACAAAACAUAUUUGAACAGAAGCUAAAAGCAGAACGUGAAGAGAUAAACAAAUGGAAAGCCAAGUUGGCAGAGAUGGAAGAAGACCGAAAAAGUUGGGAGGAAAGGGAGGAGAGAAGAAAAAUCCACGAGAUGGAAGAAAGAGAGAAGGAGCGGAGAUUGAGAGAAGAGCUCCUUCAGAAAGGGUUUGAGUUGGGACAAUCGAGACUGAAGAUUGAUGAGUUAAAUGAAGAGAAUGAACAAGACAAGACAACUCGACUAGUGCUACAAGAAGAUCUCGAACGACAAACUACCCUCCUAAGAGAGAGCGAUGAAGAGGUGCGGACACUGAAAAAGAGUUUACAACAAAAAGAAAAACAAGAAAGAGACCGAGUACUUCAUGAGGAAGAGGAGAUGAGAAGUUUGAGAGAAAAACUGCAGGAGGUUGAGCAGAAGAGCAGUCAACUCUCAAACCGUCUGCGGGAGACAGAAUCUGUGUUUGAGAAGGAAAAACAUCAGCGCAGAGAGAAAGAAGAAGAGUUUCUGGAUUGUAAACAAGAGCUGUUGUUGGUCAGGCGUGAACGAGAUCAGGAGAGGGAAAACGUUGAAGAACUGCAGAUGAUGAUGGAUGAACAGAGUAAAGAAUUAAAGAUGUUGACAAGAAAACUUGAUGAAAAAUCAGAGGAGGUAGAGAGGUUGCGAGAAGAUGCCCAGGUGCUCAAGGCCAGCGUGGAGAAGAAUGAAGAAGAAAAAGAAAGAAUGAAAAGAUCCCGGAGUCAGAUUGAGAACGAUACGAGACAUCUGGAGACUCAACUGAGGGUUGAGAAAACAGAAAGAGAAAGCUUGAAGGCCAGACUUGGAGAUCUUCAGAAAGAUCAACGUAUCCUGAUGAAGGAGAAUACAAGACGUGUAGAGAAGCUUGGGGCUCACGUAAAAGAAUUGGAGGAGGAGAGAGAUGGUCUGUCUGCAGAGCUUCGAAGGAAAGUGAGAGAGAUCAGGGAUCUGAAAGAGGAAGCGAGACGAGAGAAGGAGAGAUUGAGCUCUUCGCUGAAUGAGGUGAAAGAAAAGCUGGAAACUUUACAAGAAGAGGUUGUUGUUUUAGCAAAAACCAAAGAGCAAACUCGAUCAAAGGUUAAGGAACAGGAAGAACAGAACCAGAAGAUGCGAGAGGGGCUUAUUGCAGGUCUCCAGGAGAUGGCAACUCUGAAGGAACUGUUGGAGGAGAGUCGUCACGAGGGAGAGAGACUCAGGUCCAUACUGCAGGAAAAGAAGGAUGAGCUGGUGCGAAACAGAGAUGAAUGCGUUAGGGCGACGCAAGCUGAAGCUAAAGAUCUUCUACUCAAAGUUCAGAUGUUAGAAAAGGAAAACAAAGAGUUCAGGACUGCACUAAGACUCCAAGAGGAAGAACUCAAGAAGAACCAAGAAGAGCGAAUGCAGGAAAAGGAAGAAAUAAAUAGACGAGAGGAGAAGUUUGAGGAAGAGUUGAAGGUUGUGGAGAGCAUUGCUGAGAGGAAGGAAUCUGAGCUGACCAGAUCGAGAGCUCGAAUGGAUGUGUUAGAACAACAGAGGACUGAACUCAGCUCUAUGGCAGCGGAGAGGAGCCGAGACGCAGAAGAUCUGAGUUUGAAGAUCAGAGAGCUGAGACAGGAGGUGAACGGUCUGAAAGAAGACAAGAUACGAGAAAAUGAAGAGAAACAACGAGCAGUAGAAGAGCUGGAGCUCCUCGGAAAAACAUGUAGUGAGGAGACAGAACUGAUUAAGGAGAGACGUGAAGAUGAGACAAGAAACAACGAGAGGUUACAGCAAGAUGAGGAGCGCAAUGCCGGACAGAUACGGGUGUUGUCGGACAGAGUUAAAGAAACAGAGUUAAGGAGCAAUCGAGAAACAGCUUACAAAGAGGAGUCAGUCAGACUUAAAUUGCAGGAUAAGUUUGAAGAUGAGAAAAGAAAUACAGGGAGAUUGAAAGAGCAUGUGGAAAUGUUGGAGAAAGAGAAACAAGAGCUAAAUACCAAAUUUGAAGAGGAAAUACGUAAAGUUAGAGAAAACAAGUACCGAAGUGCAAAGGUUGAUAGUGGUCACGGUACGCUAACAGACUUAAAUGAUGAAUAUCAUUCUCAUGAUGAUAGAUGGUUAGAAAUAGAGACACUUCGAAAGGAACUGACAAGAAAAGGUCAGGAUGUCGAGAUGAUGAGGAUUAAAGCACAGAGCCUACAGACAGACAUAGACAGACUGAGAAAACAGAGCACAUCAGAGAAUGAAGACUUGGAAAGGUUAAAGAAACAAAUGUCUAUCGUACUGUUAGAAAAAGAGGAGAGAGACAGACUACUGAGAGAGAAGGACAUAGCUGUAUGCGCUCUGAAAGAGAGAGCAGAGGAGCUGGGUAAAGAUAGAGAUCGGAUCAGGGUGGCUCUGGAGAAGACUGAAGCCAUGCUGGUUUACUAUAAAGAGAGACUGGGACAGCAAGAGCACAAGAGAACGCAAUCAGGAACAGACGUGACACAGGAGAAAAAGACUGAACCAAAUGCCCAAGGCGUAGAUGAGGCGAACACGUACUCUGGUAUGCAGAACCGUCUGUUGGCUAUGCAGCAGGCAGUUGCCCAACUGGAGAUAGAGCAGAACCUUCUGCAGAGGAGAAACACUCAUCUAGAGAAAAAGAUUGAGAGGCUGCGAUCUGAGCGACAGCACCUGAGAGAGACCUUGACACAGCAGGUUGAGCUGGAGAGGGGCAAACUUGGUUAUCAGCUGUCACAGUCAGAAGCCGGAGUUCAGAGCCUGUCAGGUGGUACCGACAAGGAGGAGCUGAAGCGAUUGAGAAUCCAAGCCAAUGAGUUAGAAGAACAGGUUCAUCAUCUCCGUCUCAUGUUGGCAACAGAUCAUAAGCAGAGGGCAGAGUUUAUAGAUCGCUCUCUGAAGAACAGUCAGAGCGUGAUGUCUCUGAGAGAGGAUCUGAAUGAGUCUUUAGCUGUGGUGUCCCAACAGCUCAUUCCUUCAGUGCUAAAGUCAGAGACACAGAAGCUGGACAGAAGCUUUCGAGAGCAGGAGCUCAGAUUGUCUCUUAGCCAAAUCUAAAGGAAACAAACACUCCUUCAGAACAUUGACUAUAAUAUAGUUUGACAUGAUAUUUUUGCACUAAAUGAGAUGUCAGAAUGAACAUUCUAUAAUUCUGACAGUGCACCUAAGAUAUUUUUUAAACCAGACUCAGGGUUUGAAAGGGUUUUACUAUUUUACUACCUUAUUUACAUACAAAUACUGUAUGUAUUUUUAUGUAAUAAUUCCUGUUAACUAAUAACAGAAUGUCACAUUUUUAGAUGAUAUUUAGAUUCAUAUUUUAGUUGUCUAAAGAGCUGUCACUUUCUGUAUUAUGGAUAGGCAGAUUAUUUACAUGUAUCUUAAAAUGUAACCAGCUAAAAGCUUUGUAUUUGUUUAUUUUAAAAGCUAUUCUGUCAGUGUUAUUGUCUGUGCAAUACAAGCAUUCUAUUUAAGAAAUGUAAACAGUUUUUUAUUUUAAGUAAAAUUUAUUUAGAGCCUACUGUAUUACCACCUCACGGAUAUACCCCACAUCGUCUCUACAUUGUUUUCCUGUUUGUCUUGAAAUUCAAUAUGUUGUUGACUUUCAAGCUGACUUAUAAUUAAAGACCACUUGAUUGAAAAUUACAGGGUAAUGCUGUUUAAAAUCUCUUGAGGCCUUGCUGCAUUACCUCAUUUGAACUGUUGAUGCGUGAUGGUCACCAGGGGGCAUUGUUUGUAUGGAAGAUUUUUCCAAAGCAGUAAUAAAUCCUUUUAGUGUAACUCUUGCUCGCCCCAAAAACACAAACAAAAGACAUACAUUUCCCCAUACAUAUUAACAAAGCCAAAUAAACAGUGUUUCAAUGCCA